CACUGCAGGGUCGGGUGGCCGUUCCGGACACAGUGUGAAACACCGAUCGUCAGACGGGACCUCUGUACGAGGUCCCGAUCAUUGAUCACUGAUUGGCCAAUCAGUGAUCACAUGCAAAGUAGUAAGCAAGAUGUCACUUCUGACAUCAUUGCUUACUACGUGUGAAAUCUGUGAAUGAUCACAGAGGUCACAUGGUACAAGGCUAUUCACAACAGCCUUGUACCAUGUGACAAGCUGUGACCAAUCACGACUCAC